AAGACAUACUCAGCGCCACUGAGAAUACAGCACUACACCAGCUACUUCUUUUGCAAAGUCAAGUGUUCAAUCGCUUUAAUUACAAGAAACAUGGAUCGUUGGGUAAACAAAGUUGCUCUGGUAACCGGCGCCAGUUCCGGUAUUGGCAUGGCCAUUGCGGAGGAACUCGUUAGUAAGGGAAUGAAAGUUAUUGGACUUUGUCGUCGUGUCGAGAAAGUUAAAAUGCUUGCCGAGCAAUGGAAAUCGAUGCCCGGAAAACUCUAUCCUCUGCAAUGCGAUCUUGGAAACGAAACGGAAAUCUCCCGGGCUAUGGAAUGGAUUGAGAAGAAUCUGGGAGUUGUUGAGGUACUUAUCAACAAUGCUGCCGUCGACAUGCAUACUAUGUUCCUGGAUGGAACCAUGGAUGAAUGGCGCAAGACCUUUGAUAUAAACGUCCUGGGUCUUACUCAUGUCACCAAAGAAGUUCUGACGCUUAUGAAAAGGAAGGGUAUCGAUCGUGGACAUAUCAUCAAUAUCAAUGACAUUUGGGGACUCAAGGUUCCAAUUACCUGUGAACGUCCUGUCUACGCUCCUUACACCUGCAGUAAAUUCGCUUUGCGUGCUGUUACUGACUGCUUGCGCAUAGAACUUGCUCAUCUCCACUCCAACAUCAAGGUUUCUUGCAUCUAUCCUGGACUCGUCGAGACCGAAAUGACCGCGAACUCCCUCAAGGAACACCCCCGUCUCGCCCUGAAACCCAAGGAUAUUGCUGAAGCUACUCUCUUCAUGCUCCAGACUCCGGAAACUGUUCUAGUCCAGGACAUGGUUGUGACUCCCAUACGUCAGAUGGUCUAAACAGGAAAAUUUAAAAAAUUGUCUUGCCUUGCUGUCAUUGAUAAUUAUGUGCUGUCUAGUCAAAACGAAUGAUACUGAAAAAGUUUAUAAAGUUUUGAAUAAAAGUUUUCUUGAUUGAUA